UGUCGUUUUGUGCUUGGCGCCAUGGUCACAAACAACGAGGAAGAAUCUCACUUGGCACGGGCUUGUCGGAGAAGAGACCUCUUCCAGGUGCAAGCAUUGCUCCGGGACAAAGCGGAUCCCAAUGUCAAAGACUGCAGAUCCGAGACACCCUUGCUGCAUGCAGCUGCGCAGGGCGAUCUUGAUGUGGUGGCAUUGCUGCUGAGCCAUGGAGCAAGCCCUUCUCUUCGUGCGCCAGCAGUUCGCAGGGCGGAGGCAGACAGUCAGUUGAACCCUUCAGUUCAGAAGAUUUUCCAGCUCUUUACUCGAGGUCUCUCAAAGGAUCAGCGUCUGAAGCUACUUGACUCCCUACCUCCAUUGGAUCCUGGAGCAUGUGCUCAGCUUCGUGCCCGCCUGGGCCUGGGGAAGCCGCUGCCCAAAGCUGCAGCCACUACAAAGCUUCCACGCGAGGCCUCGGCGGACCACGAGGUGACCUUGUAUGUCGCUGAUCCAUUGAGACCUCGACUGGUUCUACAGCCGUGGGAAGCUCCCACUUCUGUGGUAGUUUUGUUGCAUGGCUUGCUGCAGUCUGGGCAGAUGAUGGAGCGCCUUGCGAGGGAUUUGUCUCGCGGCCUGCCUUCCACUCGCUUUGUGGCACCAACAGCAAGAUCCAUUUCAUCUAUAUUUGGUCUUGGCCCUGCGUGGUUCGACACCAUCAAGCACUAUUCGCGAGGGGAUCUUCCUGACGGCAUGGAGACAUCAUCAAACGAGCUGAUUGACUUCGUGGAGUCGGAGAUGAAGUUGUUCCAGUUGGGUCCUUCACGUUUUCUCUUCGUAGGGUUUUCUGCCGGUGGUAGCCUGGCAGCCUUCACCGCCUUACGCGCACCGUGGCAGAUAGGUGGAUUGGCGCUGCUGGGCACACACGGCCCGCCGCAGCUUUCCGGCAAGGUCCAGACUGUGCCGACUCUUCAAUGCCAUGGUGCAACAGAUGGUAUGGUCAAAGCAAACGCUGCCUUGGAGUCAGUUGAACGGCUUCGACAGUAUGGCUGCGAGGUCCAGUUCUCCACCUAUGAAGGUGUUGGCCACACAAUCUCGGAAGACAUGCUUCUGGAGGUUCGAAAUUGGAUCAAGAGCAGACUACAGAUUUGCGAUGCCAUGAACGGCAAGGAGCCCCAUGAUGCAAAGCCAGCUCCACUGGACCCAGACUCGAUGAUUGAUGAAGAUGAGCUUCGGCGUCAUGUGUCUCAUAUGAGCACCAGUCCGUCAGAUCCUUUGCCAAGCAGCAGCCCUGCCAGCAGCUCCGAUGCUGAUGUUGCAGUUAGCCGCUGUCAGGAGAGUGGUUGGAGUUCAAGUACAGACACGCCACGUGGCUUUGCUAUCCAGACCACCGAAGCUGACCUCAUGGCAUUGUUGCUAGCCUAUGACCUUCCCUUGGCUGCGUGCCAGGUGACACUGACGCGCUUCGGUGAUAUUGACAAAUGCCUUGAAUUCUUGUUGGACUCAGAAGAAGGUCAAAGGCUGUGUGUCACUAGCCUGUUUGCCCACUACGAGGAACCUGGUGAUAACUUCGACACUGACUGGAGCAACAACAAUUUGCCAAAAUACUGCAAACUCACCAUGGCUGCACAAAAAGCAGAAGGACAAGCAAAAGAGGCCAGACUUGCAGAGGAAGCAAGAAGAGCGGAAGAAGCAAGGCUAGCAGAAGAGGCCAGACUUGCAGAGGAAGCAAGAAGAGCGGAAGAAGCAAGGCUGGCAAGAAAGGUCAGACUUUUACAGGAAGAUGCAGCAAGAGUGGAGGAGUCAGAAGUGGCUUGGGAAGAAGCAAUAAAGGAAGUGCCUCGCCGAGAGGAAGAGCGCCGGGGCGGACAGAAAGAACAGCGUUUAGAUUUUGCUGGAGUAGGCGCUUUUGGUGGACAGGUGGAGCAGGCGCUUCUGGAAAGCGUUGUCCGAGUUUCAUUUGCUGCAAAAGUUGGGGCAGACCAAGCCCGUUUGGCCGCGGAAGUCAAACUGGCGGAGCUAGCCAAAGUUGCUGGUGAAUUUCAAAAGGAAAGUUGUCACUCAGAAGAUUUGCCGUUUGAGGGCUGUUCAGACAAUGCAUUCUACGAGGACGCCCUGGCGCAGCUACUUGUUUAUGAGUUGCCAUUGGACGCUUGCAUUGCAGCGCUGGGACGAUUUCAGAACCCAGACGAUGCAUUGGAUUUCCUGCUCGACACCAAAGAAGGCGCGCUGCUUUGCUCUAGUGCAGGACAUGCAGCACACGUUUUCGACCCACAGUUGCAGCGGAACAAAAAGGGUGCAUAUUGGUUCUAUGUGGUCUUGUAA